CGCCAGUUAUGCAACCAGUUAUGUAACGACUGCAGUGACAGGGCGUGUGAUGGUGCAUGAGGAUAACGAGGGUAACGAGGAAAUAAUACGAUGGAACUCAUGUUUGCAAUUAGAGUCAUCUUCUUCCUGCUCACAACGACUGUGAUCAUCAUUUGUCUCUUCAUGGAGUCAGCCGUGGUUCCCCCAAAAGAAAAGAUACCAGUUCCUCAUAAAAUGGAUGCCAAAGGAAAAAUGACCAUGAAAGGAUCUCUUGAAAGAACACGAUCGAACAUUUUAAACUGUGAUGUAUCUAAUAAUAGAUCUAUUGAAGAAGGCCAACUUCCUGAAGGGGCAAUUUCACACAACACAGUAGGAUUAACAAUGCUCAUCUCAAAGCCAUCUUGCAAAGCUUUGAUUUCAGGAAAAGACGCGGAAUACAAUGAAAUGAAAACACAGAUCUUUACCUAUAAGUAUCCAUAUAGGCCAAAGACUGAUUACCAAUUGGUGACGCGAAACUGCCAUAAUUUUCUCCGAGAUCGAGGAUAUAUACUAAACGUAACCAGUGAAGAGAUUGGGUUCCCACUUGCCUACAAUAUACUAAUGUUCAAGGACGUGGAGCAGGUGGAGCGACUGCUCAGAGCUAUUUACAGACCUUCCAAUUUCUACUGCAUCCACGUAGACCGGAAGGCACACUUCAAGGUAAAGCUUCAGAUAAUGAGCAUUGUGAGGUGCUUCCCUAACGUAUUCCUGUCAUCGAGACAGAUGAAAGUAGAGUGGGCUGGAUACUCUGUCUUAGAGGCGGAAAUGGCGUGUAUGAAGGACUUGCUACAACGGCCUGGGUGGAAAUAUUUCAUCAAUUUGACAGGACAGGAAUAUCCCCUCAAGACGAAUCUCGAGAUUGUCCGAAUUCUGAAGAUCCUGAAUGGUGCAAACAGUAUAGAUGCUACCACGAACAAGUAA